UUUGCAGACAUCUCAGUCAGUCUGCUAGCAGUAGUCGUCAGCUUCUGUGGGCUUGCCUUGCUGGUAGUCUCGCUAUUUGUCUUUUGGAAGUUGUGUUGGCCAUGCUGGAGAAGCAAACCUCUUAUUUCUAAUACCAGUAAUAUCCCUCAAAGCACCUGUAGUGCUCCCGCUGAGGUUUUUGAAACCAACGAGAAAAAGGAAAUUAAAGAAAAUGGGAAACCUUCAGUGAAGGUUCUUGAGGCUGCAAUGAAAAUUAGCCACACUUCACCUGAUAUUCCAGCAGAAGUCCAGAAUGCAUUGAAAGAACAUCUAAUUAAACAUGCACGCAUGCAGAGACAGAUCACUGAGCCUGCAUCCUCAUCAAGGCAUAAUUCUUUCAGGAGGCACUUGCCAAGGCAGAUGCAAGUGUCCAGUGUUGAUUUUAACAUGGGGACAGAUCCGAUUUUACAACGGGGUGAGACAACAACCAGCAUUGGGCGAAUAAAACCAGAACUCUAUAAACAGAAGUCUGUUGAUUCAGAAGACAAGCAAGAAGAUGUGAAAAUCUGUGGGAAACUUAACUUUGCUCUCCGGUAUGAUUAUGAAAAUGAACUCCUUGUUGUUACCAUUGUCAAAGCCUUAGAUCUACCUGCUAAAGACUUUACAGGAACCUCAGAUCCGUACGUUAAGAUUUACCUUCUCCCAGACAGGAAAAAGAAGUUUCAGACACGGGUUCACAGAAAGACUUUAAAUCCUGUCUUUGAUGAAACCUUUCAGUUUCCUGUAGCCUAUGAUCAGCUCAGCAACAGGAAAUUGCAUUUCAGUGUAUAUGAUUUUGACAGAUUUUCUAGACAUGACAUGAUUGGGGAAGUUAUUCUUGAUAACUUUUUUGAAGUCUCUGAUCUCUCCAGGGAAGCCACUGUGUGGAAAGACAUCCACUGUGCCACCACAGUAAGUAAUGUGUCCCAAAAGUGUUCAAAUUGAUGAUAUUUUCAUUUCUCCUUUGUAUUUUACGGAAAGCAUAUACUAUCUAUCAGCACAGAUUGAAAAAAAGAGUUGCCAGUGUUUUCCUUUGAGCAUGGAAAAUAAGAUGAUUGGGAAGCCAUGAAAUGUAAUUAAAAAAAAACUCUUCUGGGAACAUAGAGUUACCCUCAUGACACACUAUACAAAUGAAAAUUAGAUUGAUUAAUUAAAUCAAACCCCUAAGUGUCACUGUUUAACGGGAACAGUUAAUAUUUUCCUGUUAGCAGAACAUAUGUACAUUUCCACAUUGCCCUUCAAAAUGUUCAUGUACUAAUAUGCCAUGAAACCACCUUAGAAUUAUUAACCAUCUUUCACAUAUUGGAAUCUAAAUGAAAAAAAGAGAUGGAGGUUAAGAUGAUCCAGUGUCUAAAAUGAUUUCUAACAGCUGUCCCAUGCACAGGGUAUCCUACAUGAAAUAUCUACAUAUUCUUUGUUGCUAAUGUCUACUAUAGACACUCAAUGUUGAUGGAGAGCAGAAGGACAUAUGGGGGAGCAUUUGGAAACAGAGAGAAUUGGUUUACUUUUUCAAGUGAGAACUGUAGCCUAUAAAAUUCAUCUGUGAACAGAAGCAAAUAGGUGACUUACUGCAACUACUAACAAACACUACCUCUCAACCUUAUCUUUACCAGUCAGAAGGCCAAACUCAUCUUUUCCACUUGGAAUCAGAUAGAUGGUUUCAGAAAACAAAUCAGUUUUCUCUAAAAUACUACACUGUUCAUAAGGAAACUUCCUGUUAUCUUGCUGUACUGGGGGUAUCUACGUUGCUCUGAGCCAUAUGCCUUCCUUAUCCAUGCUUUUUCAGUAGGAGGUGGGCUGUUGCCAGCGCUGCACCCAAGAUUUACUGGCUUUAGGAGACGAAAUACAAGCAGGGCUGCUCCCUCACAGGUGGGAGCUCUACGCCAUCCUCUCUGUUUUCCCCCUUUCUCCCAGAAGACUCACCCUCUUACCUUGUCUCUGUCCCCCAUUUAUUAUUUUCUUCCUUCCCCCUUCACAUUGAUGUCUUUGCUCCCUCCUUCCAUUUUCUGUUUCCCUCCUUUUCUCUGCCCUCUAUUUGUGCCCUUUUCUCACACACUCCCUUGUCUCUCUGCCCUUUUUUUUCACCUCCCUUCAUCUUUUCACAUCUCUCAUCAUUUGUGUCCCCUGUGCCCUUGUUUUGCCCCAUUCCCAGUCUGCCUUCCAUUUUGUGCCUUUUCCAGGAUCUCAGAAUAGCCAGGGGCUGUUCAGGGCUGCAUUUCAGGCUCUCUUCAUGCUGCCUGGCACCUCCUUGGCAGUCACCCGCUGCUGGCUCUCUUCUACAGCUGCUGCUGCUAAUGGCAUUGCCACCUCAGCCUCCUGUUGCUGUUGCACUUAGUGAGAUCCUGUGUUGCUCUAUAGAGCAGUGCAUCAGCACUGACCCACCACUAGAGGUACCAAUGAGCAUCAGCAUCUCAUGCACAGGACUGGAACAACUAUCUCAGCUACCUCCACUGUCCUCUCUGGCUAGGGUGACCAGACAGCAAAUGUGAAAAAUCGGGACAGAGAGUGGGGGAUAAUAAGAGCCUAUAUAAGAAAAAGACCCCAAAAUUGGGACUGUCCCUAUAAAAUUGGGACAUCGGAUCACCCUAUCUCUGGCAUCAGCCCUGGUUGCUACAUUGUGUAGACUUUAAAGGUUCAUAGGUAACAUUAAAAUAUUUCUUGGCUGAAUAUGAAAUUGGGGUUUUUUUCAUCAUUUUCUUAGUCCUCUUGAGCAGUCUGUUUCAUGAUGAUGAUAAUGCUUUGCAUUGUAUAGCACCUUUCCUCCAAGGAUCUUGAAGGGUUUUCUAAACAUUCAUUAAUGAAUUGUACAAGUUUAGGAUGGUUUGUUCUGUUGGCUCCAUCUUCUGUACAAUAACCAGUGGAGUUAAAAAUUAAAUAAAAUAAAAAAACACUCAUAUGCAUUUUAAUUAUUUCCUCCUGAACAAAGUGAUCAGCUUGACUGAAAGUCUAAGCAAGAGCUGGGAUAUGGUGGUGAUCUCAUGCAAUUUUCUUAGAGUGGAUUGGCCGAAUUACAGACCACAGGCUACCGCAGGCAUGCCUCCUCUUUAAUGUGGGCAGACAACUCCUCUUUUCUUUCACCCCUGACAAACCCCUCUCUCCACCCUCAGGGCAGGCAUAUCAGAAGUGGUGGCACUGGGUACUGUACUGUUAGAUUCAAGUGGACGGUAGUGCUUUGAAGGUUCUAGCUUCUGGGUGCAGCUGAGUGGCGCAGAUAUGGAUAGGAUACAGGAACCUACUUUCUUUCUGAUCAUAGGUCCAGUACCAAUGCCUUUGAAGAGUUAAUAAACUCCCAAAAUAUUUCUUUGGCCUGGCAAGUACAUGAAACAGCAGCUCUUAAACAUGGAAAGAAUGAUUCAGAAUGCUAGCCUUGGACCUGGGUUCAAUUCCCUGCUCUUCUGCAAGCUUCUUGAAUGAUGUUGCGCUUAGUCUGUCUCUGUCUCAGUUCCUCAUUCUGCAAAAUUGAAAUGAUAGUACAGCCCAGGAGUGUUCUGAGGACAAAUGCUUUAAAGAUUGUGAGG